UUUUAUUUGUUCUGAAUUCACCUCUGAAAUCAAAACGUGCCAUUUCUUAAUUUGCAACUUGUAAAGCUGGAAUUGAAUAUAUUGUUUUCUAAUUUUCACAAAUUCAGAUAAAAAAAUUCAAGUUUCAAAUGAAAAAUUAAUUGCAAACUGUGAAAAUGUCAUAUUAUAAUUUUAAAAGAGUGAAAUAAGAGCAAAUAACUUAAGACACAUGGUUUUUAGGGUAAAAUAUUUCAGGGCUAUUCAUUCAGUGGUUUUUAAAUUUCAAUAGAAAGUAGAUCAUUGAGUGGAUGUUAAAAUUAAAAUAUUUCUGUCUCAAAUGUCUAUCCAUACACAAUGAAAUAAGAAAAUAAAUCACUGUAUGAGAAAAAAUAUCAGUAUGAAGUGUGCGCGUGCCCGUGGUAAUCCGGUGGGAGGAGCUUCGGACAGAGAGGAGAGUUUAGUGCACUACAAUAAUAAACACUGAAAUAAGGGGCUCUGGGAGAGCUGCACGCGGAGGGAUCUGUGUCAAACUCUGCCUUUUUUUUUUUAGCCUUUUCUAGAUUUCUGCCCACUCCAGCUUUCAUGGAAGUCUUACAGUUUGCGCCAUUUGAGGUUUAAAGGGUAAAACAGCCAAAACACGGUUACUCUCGCCCUCUCGAGCUCGAGCUGCUCGGCCGUGUUCCGGUUGACUAACCGAGCUAAAAGCCCAGUGAGUCGUAAAGUGGCGCGAAUGUGGCGGUGAACAUUUGACAGGGACUUGCCUUUCAGCAGGAGGAUGUCUGACCAAACUCUGGAGUAUUUCUUGUGUCGGGGGGACAUACGGAUGAGAGACGCUGCCGAGGUCAGAUGGUCGCACGCAGCGAACAGCGCGAGCCGGCUGACUGACGCUCUCUCAGGUCCCACUCAUAUGAUUGAGGCCGACAUAAUAAUACGAGGUGGUGACCCCAAAGAGCCAAUCAUGGCUCAUCCCCCUGACACUGACAGUGACAUCACACUGAGGGAGUGGCUGGAGGGAGUGAAGGCGUACAACAAGGGAAUAAAACUGGACUUUAAAAGCCUGGAGGCGGUGUCUCCAUCCGUCGCUCUGCUGGACGAGGUGCUGGCCGAGCCCAGCCGUCCUGUGUGGAUCAAUGCAGAUAUCCUCUGUGGUCCUGGGGGGCAGGCCAGACCUCUGGAGCCCCAGGCCUUCCUCUCUGCGGUGACAGCUCUCCCCACUCACACUGUGCUGUCUCUGGGCUGGACCACAGGAUGGACUGCUGGGACAGACAACGCAGGUUACAGCUGGGACAUGGUGCAUGCGAUGGAGGACACAUGUAGAGACCUUAAACAUCCGGUCACCUUCCCAGUGCGUGCAGCUCUCCUGGCCCAGUCCUUCUCUCAGCUCUCGUGGUUGCUGCAGCAGUCAGACAGGUACACUCUUACAGUGUGGACUGGACAGAAGGAUGAGUUCACACUUCAGGACCUGCUGCCCUACAGAAAAGAGUUUGACAUCAGUCGGAUCUACUAUGACCUGCCGGACUCUCAAAGGAAAGAGCUCAGUAUGACAUUGUGACGUCUGCCAGCACACACUGACUGACUGACAGCGGGCACAAUGAAAAGAGAGUGACCUGGACUCAGCCAAAGCUUUCCUGUGGUCUGCCAUGGACUACAGGGUCCCUGCGGAUCCUUAAAAAGUCCUAAAAGCCAUUGAAUUCAUUAAUCUAAAAAAAAAGACCGUAAAUGGUAAGAAAUUGACUUAUAUUAUUUUCUCAAGAGUCUUAAAUAUGCUCAGACGUGUUUUCUGACAUUGUGUCGUAAAAUCUCAAAAUAAUUAGGGACUUUAAAAAAAAAAAAAUCCUUAAAUAAUAUAAUAAACUCCUUUUCUUAAACUUGUCAUAAUAGGAAUCCAAGCAAUGGAAUCUCACAUGUGGACUGAGGAACACAAUAUAUAUACAAUAUUUCCCAUGUCUGGUAAAAAUAUAAACCUUUAUGAUAACAUAAUGUUUUAUUUCCUUCCAUGUGUUCCAUUUCAGAAAUGUGUUGUUUUUCCUAACA